UGUAAACAAAAUGGAGGACAAAAAUUUUGUCAACUUAAAUUUUGGAGUAGAAAACAGAAAAAUCUAAUAACAUGGCACAUUAUCACAAUAAAACACCCUUUUAUAAUCCAAAAAAUGACAAUAGGAUAAAUUCUAAUCCAGGGAAAACUGAAAGUCCAAACCAAGAAAACGCAUUUCACUGUGGGAAAAUUGAAGCUAGAAAUCGAGAUCGGACACAAGUUCACAACAAUGAAUUUUCAGUCGUUAAAUCGUCUAAUGUCAAAGACAAUUGGACUCCAUAUGUACAACCACAGGGAGAUUUGUUUUAUGUCAAAGAAUCAGACCAUCCUGGGAGGCCAGACAGACAGUAUAAUUACACUGAUUCUGUAGAUCAAAAGGAAGAGAAAGAUGAAACAACCUUCUUUUCAGACAGAUUGAGGGAAUCUCCAUACAGUGAUAAACACGAAUCACGAUAUAGGGAAAAGAAUAAAAACACUGGCUAUGAUAAUAAUUCAUCUCCAGACCUGAAUAAUUACUAUGAAAAGCUUGGACAUAACAAAUACAGUCAUAAUUUAUAUAGGAAAGAGGAUCAAAAUAGUUCCCGUUCAAGUGGCUAUUCUGAUAGCUCCCCUCCGCACCAAGAACUCCAUAAUGGUGAUAUUAAUCAUAACUCAAUAAGUAGAAAUGUACACACACCACAUGUAAAUAAUCAUGGUUAUGAUAGUGAUUUUUAUGACAAACAUAGUGAUGUCAGUGUUGAUAGAUCUUCAGUAGACAGUACCCCAACAAAGCCAGCAAAAAUAAAACAUGUUUAUAUUACGCCUAAUCCCUACAGUUGUAGAAACGGGGAGAGUUUCUCAGGAAUUGCUUUAUGUGAGAAACUUUUUGGUAUAACAUUGUACCAUUAUAAUCAUAAACAGUCUAAAAGUUCUCUAGAAACGACUUACAAAGAUAGAAAAUUACUUGUCCAGCAUGUAUCACUGUCUAGUCCUGCUGGCAGAUCUCAACAAAUACACAGAGGUGACAUGAUGGUAGCUGUAAAUGAUGUUGGUGUAACUUGGGAAAACUUAGAAACAAUCUGCAACAAGUUAUCUAGUAAAGUUGUAAAAUUGUCAUUCCAAAUGCCAAAUGUUGUUGGACCAAAGCCCAGCCCUCCUCCUCCAGUGAACCCACAGUUUGCAAUGACAUCACCCCGUCCAGUGACAACACCUUCACCUCGACCUCCUCGCCAUCGACAGCCUGGAGAGAAUCUGUCACAGCUAGUGUUUGGUGACAGUAGAAAGCAUCAUCUGGAGUACCUACAGGACACAUCCUGUUGUGUGAUGUACCUAACAUUAGAGGGAGAUGGCAGCUCUGAUACAGAGAGUGUUAGGGAGGAUAUAGUAUACCAGUAUCCACCAGGGGAUAGUAAGUUACUGGAGGUUAGAGGAUUGUUUCUAACAUUAUGUGGUGUACUUCCAGAGGUGGCAGCAACUUCUGCUAGAAGCUCAACUCUUGUUCACCAAAGACAGAAGAUUAACAUAGCUUACCAAAGAGAUGGGAAAGACAUCCUUGUUAUCGGAUUACCUGCUGAUAAGGUACCAAAGUCUUGUGUUGAAGAAAUCUUAAAGCAGCUUCAUCAUUUAAUACUAGUAUUAUAUGGUCCAUUACACAGUGCUUUUCGAGAUAUGAAGCACAGAAGUCAGAUAGACCAGUUGUUCUCAUUGUCCCUGCAUAAUUUACAUAAUAUUUCCCAGAGUGCCAUGUUAUCUAGUCAGUCCUCCAAAAUAUUUACAGAAUUAAUACCAGGUCCUAAAGCUAUCAACUUUACUGAUGACACAAAGUUACUAUGUGAUGAAAUCCUCAGCGAGUUUGAAGCUUCUGACUUUGACGAUUUUCUUGAUCCAAUAUCUAAAGAAGCUAGAAGAGAAUACUCCAUCCUUGGUUCUUGUACAUUUUAUAAGGAAUAUUUACUAUGUAACCACCUGUGCCAGUCUGACUUACAAGACAUCCACCUGUUUCUGAAACACCACUGCAUAAUACAGAUGUUGGCUAGGAAACCAGUAGAAGAACUGGUAGUAUGGAGAGAGAUGUUCCCGUCACAGUAUUGUCACAAAACACAGUCAUGUCCCCAGGGCUAUCAAGAUCCUCAUGAUGCAAGGUGGUUCCUACUUGUUAUUGGCAUGGUAGGUUAA